AUGUUGACUUCUGCUCUUCAGACCGCAAACACUGUCCAAGAUGAUAAUGAACAACCUCAACCAACUGUUAAACAGCCCUCAAAGAUGGCUGGGAAGACAUCAAACCCAAUUUACCGCUUCUACAAGAAGGUCACUACUGAUGCUGAUGGCAUGACCAGUGAUGGGACGAAAUAUUUCAAGUGUUACCAUGGUACCAGAAAGACAGUGAAGAUCACAAAGGGAAUGAAAGGCAGUCUCAAUAACCUUGUUGGCCACCUUCAACGGCCAUUUCCAGCACACCAUUGCCUUUAUGAGGUUUUAGCCAAGCGCAGAAGUCCUCUGACCAAGGAGGAGAUCGAGAUUGCAAGUGGGAAGAAGAGAAUGGAUGAUGCGCUUGUUAAGAAGUAUCUGAAUGAGCUUGAGACAGAGCCUUGGGACCAGGCCCAUUUUGAGACACUUGUUGCGAAGUGGGUUGCUGCCUGUGACCAGCCUUUCUCGGCUGUUGAGGAUGAGGAAUUCCAUGAAAUGCUUCAGUACAUUCAUCGCCAAUCCCACGGAAAGCUCAAGAUCCCUUCUCAGAAGGGAGUUCAUGAGCGCAUUCUGGAGAUGGAAACGGAGAUGGUUGAUGGUUUCCAGGCAAUGUUUAAGACACCAGUCCCAAACCAGCUUGGCGGCAUACGCCAAAGGUCUACUGAGGAUGCUGGAUUGAUUCUGACUCAUCUCGUGCGAGCGGGGUGGGUUAAGGGUCUCCAGACUAGCACGCUGGCUUUUGGCAUCACACAGUUCUUCCCUUCUAUCAACCAUGAGAUGUUCAUGGCUGUUCUACACAAGCAAGGGUUCUCGCCAGUAUUGGUGGAUUUCUUUGCGUCUUACUUAGUUGGGCGUUCCACAGUUUACUGUUGGAACACCUUCCAAUCCAACUCACAAUCCGCAGACAUGGGUGUCAGGCAGGGCUCAGCUCUUUCGCCUGUUAUCUCAGGGCUUUUCAUUGCUCCGGUGAUGAAGCUCUUCUAUAUCAAAGCGGUGCUGCUCAACACGACACUUCUCUCCUUUGUGGACGAUGGGACCAUCUGGGCCCGGUCCAAACAACUUGAUGAUAAUAAUGUGGGCCUGCAUAAGGCCUAUAAGAUUAUCUACCUUUUAUUUGUUGCUUUCGCACUCGUCCUUGAACAUGACAAGACUGAGUUGUUUCAUUUUUUGCGUCGACAAGACACCUACAAUCCUUUGCUUGAUCUGGGGUAUGCCCCACACACAGGUGCUACACCUUUGAAGCCCAAGACCUAUUGGAGGUACUUGGGCUUCUACUUCAACCGCAGGCUCACUUUCCAUGAGCACAUUUGCUACUAUGCUACCAAGGCAUUUACCACCAUGCAAGCUAUGUGCAUGCUCGGGAACUCUACUAGAGGACUCUCGCCUAAACAGCGGCACCUCCUUUACAGAUCUUGUUAG